UAUAUUUAUUCGUCGCGUAGCAAUAAAAAACGCAGCGCUAAAGGAUUUCCAACCAAAACAAAAACAAAAACAAAGCGUUAUUACUUGCAUAUAGCAACAACAAUAACAACAACAACAAUAGCAGCAGUACAAUUCCAUUUGUAGACGUGUUUGUGUGCUGAAAAAUUGCUGAUGAAAUUAUUUAUGAGCAGCGUAUAUCAAAUAUUACGCGCACUGUUGCAGUUGUUGCUGUUGCUGCUGCUGCUGCAGUUGCUAUUGCUGAAUGCAAAAGCAUCCGCCGCGCCCACGAACACAACAUGUAAACAUACCACGGACAUAUGGGGCGAUCCCAAUCCGAACAUAUACUACGUGUGCUCUGUGGCCGACCAAAUACCGUUGCAGUUACAUUGCCCACAGGGUCGUGGAUUUUUCAACGGUCUCGGCUAUUUGGGUUGCGUGCCCUAUGAACAUUGGCCAGCCUGCCAGCCUGCCUACCGCAACGCUCAACAGGAGCAGCACCAGCAGCAGCAGCAGCAAAGUUGCAAGCGCAACAGCAGCAGCCUGGCAGCUCAUACAAAGGACCAGCCUUGGGCUACGCUGAAUCCAAACCAGUUCUAUAUCUGUGCCAAUGCCGAUGCCACACCGAUGCUACUCAGCUGUGCCAGUGGCAAGGGUUUUGUGCAGACUCCACAAACUGUGGGCUGUGCGGAUUGGAUGCAGUGGCGUCGCCAGAUGGGCUGUGAGGCGUACUUUUGAGCACGACUGUCAUGAAAAAUUAAAUGUGAGCAGCAGCUAUGCAUAUAUGCAUUGAUAAAAAUAGGGCUCAUCUUUUUACUGUACGCCACAAGAGUAUU